UGGUGAAGAAGAUUAUGAAGAUUUCAUAGAUAGGUUCAUAUCAUAUAUUACCUUGGCUGGAGUAAAUAAUGAUGCAAAUAUUCUCACUAUAUUAGAUCAAUCCUUAAAAGGAGAAGCAAGAGAAUAUGCUAAUGCAGGAGGUAUAACAGGUGCAGUCGCUUCUUUCCCAAAUGUUCCACUUGGACUUACAGAAAUUGGAGCAUUAAGACAAGGCGUAUAUGAGAGUGUACCUUCAUUCUGGGCAAAAAUUCAGAAAUAUGGCGAUCAACUCGGUUAUACUUCAGCACAGAAAAAACCUCAUUUCUUAUCUGGAGUUAAACCUGAUAUUAGAGAUGAAAUUUAUAGAAUUGGUCAAACAAAACCCAUUAACGAUAUUAUUGAUAGUUUGGCAGAACUUGAAUUACAUCAUGGAAUAUUACAACAGGCACCAUCUCAACCUUGCUAUGCACCCAUUGCUCCUGCUAUUCCAGAUGUUAUACCUCAACAACCGGCAUUCUCCAUGGCUGAUAUGCAAAAAAUGAUUCAAGAUGCAUUUGCAAAACAGCGAGCUGAAUCUAAAGCUGAGAUAGAAAAAUUAAAGGCUGAACUUCAAGCACAACAACCACAAGUUGCAACAGUAGGAAAUUUUCAACCCCCACCCAAGUUUUACCCUAUAAAAUCAGAAAAACCUCGGCAAGCAUUUUACAUAGUAGAUCAAGAAG